AAUGACGAUCAUCUCUCUUCCUUCCUCCGUUCUUGGGAAUACUAGUUUUUCUAUUUGUUGUUGCUACUCCUUUAAAUAUUUUAAUAACUCCCACCAUAAAAUUUUUUAUAAUUACUCCUAUUCCUAUACUAAAAAUAAUAACAUUUUUUGUUCUUCCUUUUCCAAUUUCUCCAAUCUCCAUAAUUUCCUUCCCAGUUCUUCUUUCCUUUGUUUGGCUUCUCCCUCUCCAGUAAUGGAUAGUUCAGCUGGUCAAGGACUCUACCCAUUGCAUCAUUGCAAAACUCUUCAUUGGGUGAGACACGCGCAAGGAUUCCAUAAUGUUGCCGGAGACAAAGACUAUGAGGCGUACAAAUCUUAUGACUAUCUUGAUGCAAGCCUAACUUUGCUUGGAUGGGGGCAGGUUGAUAACUUGCGGAAGCAUGUUCAAGCAAGUGGACUUUCGAAGAAAAUUGAGUUGGUGAUCACAUCUCCUUUGACGAGGACCAUGCAAACUGCCGUUGGUGUCUUUGGAGGCGGUGGAUAUUCCGAUGGUGUAGAUGUUACACCACUCAUGGUGGCAAAUGUUGAGGGCAGUGACCGCCCUGCAAUUUCAAGCUUUGGUUGCCCUCCCUUCCUAGCUGUUGAACUUUGCCGUGAACACUUGGGAGUUCAUCCUUGCGAUAAAAGGAGGAGUAAGAGCAAGUAUGAAACUCUCUUUCCUGCAAUUGAUUUCUCUCUGAUAGAAAGCGAUGAGGACACAUGGUGGAAGGAGGAUGUGCGCGAGACGGAUGAAGAAGUUGCUGAAAGAGGAAUGAAGUUUAUGAAAUGGUUGUGGACCAGGAAGGAGAAGGAGAUUGCUAUUGUUAGCCACAGCGGAUUCUUGUUUCACACACUUGGUAAUUUCGGAAGUGAUUGUCAUCAAGUAAUGAAAAAAGAAAUAUGUAAACACUUUGCAAACUGUGAACUACGCUCAAUGGUCUUUGUCGACAAAGGUAUGGCGAGUUCCAAUUCUCCAGCCACAAACUUCCCCGGAAAAAUACCAAAUGGACCCGAUCUUCCUAGUGAUGUUGCAAAGGAGAAGCUCUAGACCAACCAAAUUUGACUCGUAUUUGUUAUGAUGUGAUGGCCAGAAUGGAGCUGCUGUGAGGCAUCCAUGGUUCAUAAACUUACCGAGAACACAUGACGUCUCGUAUUCAUUUCAGAUUCAUCAUUGAUAAACUUAUUAUAACUCAAUAUUAUAGAAAUUUUCAGCUGGAAAUUGGAAUCCUUGAGGAUCAUGCAAGGUUGAAGCUGUAAAACAGUUUGUCAUCUUUUUCUUGCUGUGAUUUUUCUUGUCUAUUACUAAAUAGAAUAUUUGGAAAUAAAUCAUUCUCUGUAUUGAUAGUUUGCAAGAACUAAUAAUUUCGAUUUCUAUGGUUACAAAAUCGUUGAAUCUC